GUUUGAACGAGGUAUAUGAGCUAUAAGCAGGCGUUAAAGGACGAAUCAAAAGACAGAAAUCGGAACUACAAAAACGAUAUAGAGAUGUUCUCACGAGCUGGCAAGCUCACAGUAAACCAGUACAUGGUAUUCUCGCCACCAAAGGCCUCUGAACAUGCGGAAGAGUGAUCCCAAGACCAGUCUCCUUCCUCUAUUGAGCCUAGCCAAGGUAUCAUUCAGUUUUCAGAAGACCCUAUGCAAACUACUAAACCUAUAAUCCACAAUUCAACUCUCCCUAAGAAAUUUAAAAGGCGCAGGAAGAGAAGGGACAAGAGCCAAUGUGAUGCAGUAUUUAAGUCUAUAUCACGAGAGAGGAGAAACCAGAUACUUGACCCUAAACUCGAGAAGCAUAACUUCUCUAGCUACAGAGUUAUAGAUAAAAUUGUAAACCAAAAAGUAGAGAUUCCUCAUCGGCCUCAAAAUAGAGUAGUUAGGAUAGGGUCCCCCAAAGAUCCCCUCUGAGACAAGCUCAUAAAGGUACUUCAGAUUGGCAAGCCAGAGACUGACUUCAGCAAUAUGAUCUUUAAUCAUAGGAAAGCUUCGAAUAGUAUUAAAAAUGACAAGAAAAAUUUGAAUGGUUGUCUAAAAUCUGAUAAACACAUAAAUAGUUCAAUAGAGGAUAAUUUAGUUAGAAAAGGCUUUAAUGCCUCUUCGGAUAGGUCAGAAACCACCCAUAUCAUCUCUACUUGAAAGCAUCGAAGGAAUAAGGAUACUUUAACCAAGAGAGCUCACCUGAAUCAUUCUUUUAAGCAACCAAAUGUUAAUAAUAAGUGUAAAUUGAAUAUUCUAAGCCAGGAUGAGAAAUUAGCAACCUUUGCCAAGACAAGCAAUAAUCGAUCUGCUAAAUAGGGCCAUGGUGAACUUUAGUGCGAACAAAUCAGCCUUGCCUCCAAAUCUGAGGAGAGAGAUUUUAUCUAACAGUGAGUCUCCGGAGAAGGAGAAUUUUUCGUACAAUAAUAAAAUCCUUAAUGAUACAUAUCAUUUAAUCAAAUCUGAAAGAUCAAAUGGUAUGGGAAGACAUCAAAUAGUCGCCACAAAUCAGCACUGACAAGUCCCUAAGGCAAAAGUGUACAUAGAUUUUUCGAAGAAUAAGGGCCGAGGUACAUCAUUUGGCAAUCCCAUUACGGCAAACCAGAAGUACGUCCUCUCUCCUUAGCUGUAGCCUGUUCAGUGAAAGGAUGAAAUCUACUGAGGAUUCUUACGAUGCUUUGAUGGAUAUUAAAUUUAACCCAAAGUACAAAUCGAAUGUGCCAAACUUUGACUUUCAGAAGAAUAAGAUCAGGAACACUGAGGAAUCAUUCAAGCUUAGUUAUUACUGCAAAAAUAACUAUGACAUUUCUUCUCAAGGCAGCCAAAUGAGGGAUCUUGGUGCAGUUAUCAAAUUUGAAGGGUACUCCAAAAGGCAAGUUUUCUAAUUUUUACAAUUUUAGGUCAUAUAAAGGCUCAAUUUACCAAAAAGAGCAAUCUCCAGAAGCCUGGAACUAUGAACAAAUCAUUAUGGCAAAGGAUAAGCUUCAGAAAAGGACCAAUGCCAACGUGAUAGCCUCAUUUGAUAAGCAGCUGGACAGGAAUGUGAAGAAAGUACCCUAUAAGAAGAAGAAAGUUAUCUCUAUUUAUCAAACUAGGCCUCGAGAGAUCAUUGCAGAGGUCAUUAAUCAUGAAGAUCAUUUAAACUAAUUUCA